ACUGGCUUACCAUUAUUUACGUCUGUGUUGGCGUUGAAUGUAAAAUGUACUAUAUGUACGCAUAUACACGGUCAGCUGAGAGAUCAUUCGAAAUCUCGCAAUUGAGAAUUACGCAUUUGAAAAUGUUUUACUGAACGUGAUUUUAUAAUAAACAAUUCAUUUUUUUGUUCAUAUAACAAAAAUCACGUCAAAAUGGUGGAACCAAUCUUUGAUUAUCAAUUUCGUCUUAUUUUAAUUGGUGACAGUACAGUUGGUAAAAGCUCUCUACUUAAAUAUUUCACCGAUGGCAAAUUCGCUGAGCUGUCGGAUCCAACUGUCGGUGUGGAUUUUUUUGCACGAUUAAUUGAGGUGAAAGAUGGCACGAGAAUUAAAUUACAAUUAUGGGACACUGCCGGACAGGAAAGAUUUAGAUCAAUUACAAAAUCAUAUUAUAGAAAUUCAGUGGGAGCUCUACUUGUUUAUGAUGUUUGUAAUCGGGCAAGUUUCGAGCAUAUACCCCAGUGGAUGAUGGAAGCUCGCCGACACAUUGAACCAAAUCGUCCGGUCUUUGCACUCGUUGGCUGUAAACUCGAUUUAGUAACGAAUGGUGCUCAACGUGAAGUUUCGAAAGAAGAAGCAAGAGCUUUCGCCGAUCAACAUGGAAUUCAUCACAUCGAAACAAGUGCAAAAAGUGGAGUUAAUGUUGAAGAUGCUUUUCGUUCAGUCACCCAAGAAGUAUUUAAUAGAAUACAAACUGGUGAAUAUAAAAUUGAAGACGGUUGGGACGGUAUUAAAACCGGAUAUGCCAGACCAAGUGGUUUAGAUUUUAAUCUAGUCGAAGCUGAACCAGCGAAAAGUUCUUGUUGCUAAGUCAAUUUUCAACGAAAAGAAGAUGAAAAAAAACACGAAUCAACUAAAAUCUUGACUUAUCGCAAAUUAUUUUCAAAAAAAAAAAAUUUGCGAUUAAACACAAUGACUGAUUACAAGCCAUACAAAAUUUUUUUUGUAGCUUGCUCCAUUUUCUUUUUGGCAACUUUCCUCAGUUUUAUGAAGAAUUACCAUAAAUAUUUAUUUCCCCAAAAAAAUUGCAUGUUUUGAGAAAAUUGUGUCUCGAUUCUGUUUCUUCAAAAAAAUCGAAUUGAACAAAAAAAUCACAAACACACACAUACACACAAACACUAAACUAUCGAUCAUUGUGUAUAAAAAUAGAUAUUGAUUUUUGUAUAUAGUUUGUACAAAUAAUCUAAGAUAGUUACAUGAUUUUUUAAGACUAAAUGAAAAAAAUCUUUUUAAGAAAAAAAUUCUGUUAUCUACUUUGAUUAAUCUAUAAAAUUCAAAGAAGACUAUUUUCAUUAAUUGUAGAAAAGAAUAAUUUAAGUCUACGUUAAAAAAAUGAUAAUUUCUAAUUUUUUAUCGCAUAAUCCGAAAAAAUUUUAAAACUUGAUUGAAUUCGGUAAAUCAAGAUAAUAUACAUUAUUUGUAACAAAUAUUUUAUACUUGGAAAAUCUUUGUAAUAUUUAACAAUUUUUAGAAUAGGAAGAAUAAGCGCUUCACGAUAUUGUUACCAGGACUGGACAUUGAAAUUAGAAAAGUUUACUGAGAGAAAUAAAAAUAUAGAAAGAAAAAAAGGAAAAAAAAAGUUGAAUAUAAAAAAUGAAACUUGAAAAAAUUAACAAAAAUAAGAAAAAAAAUUUACUAUUUACUAAAUUAUAUUCUCUCAGAAUAUUUUUCUCCUAAAAACAAUUGAUCUAUACAUAAAAAUUAUGUAAUACAACAAUUGAUGUAGAAUUAAAUGUAGCACUCUUGUAAUAUUUAACCGAUCAUUGUCGAAUGUUCAAAGGAAAGAAA